ACAGCUCAGCAUCUCCACUCUCACGAAGCAUGAAUCCACUGUUCUGAUGCUCCACAGAGGCACCAUCCAGUGUAUCUGAGCCACUCGUGGGAAGGAUUUGAGUCACAGCCUCAGCGAGAGCCUGCUUGAAAAAUGUGCACAUAAAGCAGCAGUGAUCUGGACCGGAGCCACAGCAGAGAUGAAUCUGUCUGAGGAGAUGCUGCUGGGUAACUCCACCUGGGCUUACUCCUACCACCAGAACUACACCAUGCCACCUCCGCUGCUACCACACAAGACCACCACUUCUAAACCUGCAGCAUGCGAGCAGGUCCACAUUGCUGUCGAGGUUUUUCUCAUCCUCGGUAUCAUCUCCCUGCUGGAGAACAUCCUGGUCAUCACAGCUAUCGUAAAGAACAAGAACCUCCACUCACCCAUGUACUUCUUCGUCUGCAGUCUGGCUGUAGCGGACAUGCUGGUGAGUGUGUCCAACGCCUGGGAGACCAUCAUUAUUUACCUCCUCAACAACAGACAGCUGGUGGUGGAGGAUCACUUCAUCCGGCAGAUGGACAACGUGUUUGACUCCAUGAUCUGCAUCUCUGUGGUGGCAUCGAUGUGUAGCCUGCUGGCCAUAGCUGUGGACAGGUACGUCACUAUCUUCUAUGCACUGAGAUACCACAACAUCAUGACGGUGAGGAGAGCCGGCUGCAUCAUUGGGGGAAUCUGGACCUUCUGCACGGGCUGCGGGAUCGUCUUCAUCAUCUACUCAGACACCACCCCUGUCAUCAUCUGCCUGGUCUCCAUGUUCUUUGCCAUGCUGCUCAUCAUGGCCUCCCUCUACAGCCACAUGUUCAUGCUGGCACGUUCACAUGUCAAGCGCAUUGCCGCCCUCCCUGGCUACAACUCUAUCCAUCAGCGGGCCAGCAUGAAAGGGGCCAUCACACUCACCAUCCUGCUGGGGAUCUUCAUCGUGUGCUGGGCUCCCUUCUUCCUCCACCUGAUCCUGAUGAUCUCAUGUCCGCGGAACCUCUACUGCGUGUGCUUCAUGUCCCACUUCAACAUGUACCUCAUCCUCAUCAUGUGCAACUCUGUGAUUGACCCGCUGAUCUAUGCCUUCAGGAGUCAGGAGAUGAGGAAGACUUUUAAGGAGAUCAUCUGUUGUUACAGCCUGAGAAAUGCCUGCACUAGCAUCUGCACUCUGACGGUUUGUCUGAACUUGACCAAGCCUGAAGCUGACCAGACACCGGGGCAGACGGAGUAUAUUGUAACAGGUUUAGAAGACGCAGCAGCAAAAACACUGAAUGUGAUGUGACGCUGGAUAGACGUGAAGCCCACAUGCUGACUGCAUGCUCAGUCCUUCGUUCAUGUACAGUGAGAUCAUAUUAUCUGUAUGUUAGCUGUGGGGACAUAUUUCAUGUUUGUUAAUGGUAAAGUCAUGGCAUGCAAAAAUAUAAAU